AUGCUUGUUUCAGUGUCACCUCCAGGACCAGCUCGCGCACUGUCGCGGCUGGUCGGCAAUGCGCACAACUGCGUCGCCGUUUCCGACCGUAUGCGGUUAGUCUCGUUCGGCAGCCUGCGCAGACAUAAGUGGUUUCCUUCCGUUUGUGUUCGGUCAUUCCGCACAACAUCUUUGCCGUUCGUAGACGCUAUCCCACUAAAUUCCACGACGCUCAAGUGUCGACAAUGGCAGCUUGCUCAAGCUGAUGAUGCGUCAACUUUUGUGCAGGACCUUCUGGCAAAGUUUAGUAAGAAGUAUGAGCUUUUUCGCCUGCCGCGCCACAGCAAAGCGAAUUUUCUCAUUCGCCUACGCACGGACGAGGAGCAGCCAGAGGCCUCGGAGAAGCUCUGGCAUGCAAUCCGAGUGAAGAGCGUGAGCGGGCCAAAUAAGAACAAGUACUUUUUUACCGCGGUGGGGCAAGCUCCAGACCCUGACAUCGGAAUGGCGCCAAUCUGUGUCCAAGAGCAGAAACUAGAUUUUCUCCACUCCAGCGACCUGCAGGUGCGUUAUGCUGGAGGGUUGCAAUGGUG